UUUCUGUGAGCGGAUUUCAAAUUUCAAAACAAACCGCGCCUUGUCUGUCAGGUUAGUGAAAAGAUUUGUGUGAUAAAACUUCAUAUCGGUAUUUUGAACUGUAACAGCUUACUAGUUUAAUUGCAUGCACGAUUUUUGUUUUUAAUUACUCUCAGGAUGUAUUCCCCUUGAAGAGUUGCAAAAGUUACGCUAACGUUAGCUGCUAGUAGGUGCCAACUAUGGAUGCGGGUGAAAAGCAGGGUGCGUGCUCCCUUUCCUGUGCAGAUGGGAAGGUAUCCGUUAUUCCAAAACCUGCCUCAAUCGAAGACUUCGUUGUUUUGAAGCCCAUCAGCCGUGGUGCCUUUGGAAAGGUUUACCUUGCACGGAAGAAAAGCAAUGCACGCUUAUAUGCAAUCAAGGUGGUGAAGAAAGCAGACAUGCGCGACAAAAAUAUGGCAGAUCAGAUGAAGGCAGAGCGGGACGCAUUGGCCCUCAGCAAAAGUCCCUUUGUCGUGCACCUCUUCUACUGUCUCCAAUCAGCAACAAAAGUGUAUUUGGUGAUGGAAUACCUUAUUGGAGGGGAUGUGAAAUCACUUCUUCACAUCUAUGGGUAUUUUGAUGAGGACAUGUCAGUGAAAUACAUUUCAGAGGUGGCACGUGCUUUAGACUACCUCCAUCGCCAUGGAAUCACCCACAGGGACCUAAAGCCGGACAAUAUGCUUGUGUCUAAUGAAGGCCACAUCAAGCUUACAGACUUUGGCCUCUCCAAAGUCAAGCUUGACAGAGAAUUGAGUCUUGCCGAUAUCAUGACAACUCCAUCUUUGGCAAUGCCUAAACAAGAUUAUUUCCGCACCCCUGGUCAAGUCCUGUCUUUGAUCAGCUCUCUUGGACUUAACACGCCAGCAGUGGAGGGCAAGCGGCACAGCAGCGGCUCUGCUGUGUUUAGCCCUAUGUCAUGUGGGAAAAUUGAACAGCGGAAAAACUCGCUCAGUUCGCCCUUGAGGAGACAGAAUGAAUACCUGCGUUCCCCUGUCUGCCUUAGCCGGACUUUGGGACCCAACAGCUGUGUGUUCAGCCCAUAUGCUUUGGCCAAGAGCCUGACUCCCAGGCUGCUCAAGUCCAGGAGGAGGUUUGACACCAUGAGCACAGGCGGCAGCCAAUCAUGCAUCUUCCCCUCCACCACUGACUCUGAGGGAGGUGUCAGCCCACUUUGGGAGCUGGAGCAGAAGGAGAUUGAGAACGUGCCAUACCUAUAUGGUAGGAAUGCAAGUGGACAAACGGGAGGAAAGGUGACCUCUGAUAUUAGGAUGCUGGGCCAGGGCUCUGCCCUGGCAUCGUUGGACAACUUGGAACUACGUGGACAGCUCCACCAAGAACCCAGUACCGGAGAACUGUCCAGGAAUGCCAAACAGGAACCCCAUGUUGGAAAGAGGCUUCAGUUUAACAAAGUGGAGCAAUCUGCCCCACCCAAGAAGCCUGAACUCUCUCAACCAAUCAGAGGCAAUGUUUCUGGAGCUGAAAGUAUCUGUGCCACCAAAGGGAAACCAAUGGAAGUCCAGUCUGGGGUAACCUCAGCAGUAAAGAGAGGGUUUGAGGAGGUGGAGAAAAGUCCUGAGCAGUUGGAAUCGCUUUCCAAGAAGAGAGACUCUGAGUACCAGAGGUGUUCUGGGGUCCCAGAAGUGGCUUUGAAGUAUUGUACUGGUCUGACCGGGGUGUUUGCCAAUGUUCAUUUGGAGGAGUUUGAAUCUAAGGGUCAAGGGACUGCUAAAGGACAGGUGCCCAAACGCUCUAGUCCCAUUGCUGUGACUAAAAACCUCCUGUGUGAGUUGGAUGACCUAGCAGAGGGGGUCUUUGUUGAGGGCAGGUCUUUUGGUGAAGACCAUGAGCGGAGCAGCAGCCCGAGCAUCGACUCUGAGGGGUCGGUUCAUGAAAUGUCCAUCAAUGUCAACAGCCCAUCCCCAAAGUGGUCGACUCAUAGUGCCAAAGAAGGGCAUUUGGCAUUAGACAACAGCGAAAUAUCACUCAGCCACCCACCGUCGCUAGUAUAAACAGCACUGCCGGGUAACAUGCUCACCCUGCGAGGAGGCGUAUCCAAACGCUCCUUCCUUGACAGAGUCCCCGAGCUGGACCCCAGUGUGACCAAGUCACCCUCGUUCCUCAAGCCCAGGAACGUGGUGGCCUUCCGGAGCUACUGCAGCUCCAUCAACCGCUCCAACAUGUCGUGGAACUCACGCCUCAGCCUGGGCUCAGUGGAGGCCAUGGAUAUGGCUACCUCAGCCUCCUACCACAGUAUGCCUGCUGCUGUCACACCAGUCCAGAAGAGACCCAACUCCAACAGCUUCCUCUAUCAGACCCCACAGACGAUGACAACAUCCCACACUCCAUUCAGGACCCCCAAGAGUGUCCGACGUGCUCCGGUACCUGUGGAGGGAGUACCGAUUUUAGGCACCCCAGACUACCUAGCCCCAGAGCUGCUAUUGGGGAUACCACAUGACUACAUGGUGGACUGGUGGGCCUUGGGUGUGUGUCUGUUUGAGUUCCUCACCGGUGUGCCCCCCUUCAAUGACGAAACCCCUCAGCUUGUCUUCCAGAAUAUUCUCAACAGAGAUAUCCCAUGGCCUGAUGGUGAUGAGGAGCUAUCCCACAAUUCCCGGAAUGCCAUAGAGCUCUUACUCACCAUGGAUAUGAACAAACGGGCUGGCCUCAAAGAACUGAGGAGCCACGCUCUCUUUGCGGGUUUGGACUGGGAUAACCUCCAGAACCAGACAAUGCCCUUCAUCCCCCAGCCGGAGGACGAAACAGACACGUCAUACUUUGAUGCUAGAAACACUGCCCAGCACCUAGUCAUGUCUGGAUUCAGUCUGUAGGUUUGUACACCAGCAUUGGGAAGUACACUGAAAUUCCAAUUCCUUUUAAUUUGGUAAAAUUUGGAAUUGAGUUUACUUUCUGAAUUGAAACGGAAUUGACCCCACCCUGUUGUACCCCGACUAUUCCUCACUAUGCUAUUCUCUAUCCCUCAUCCUCUACCAUGCAUCACUGUAGUGUUUUCCCUACUGUUAUGUAGGCUGGGCAGGUCCCCUAUUGAGUUUUGUUUUGGAGUUCUAGUUGGUUAAGAAAAAAAUUGGAUUAAUAUAUUUCUAAAUAUUUGUGUGUGAGUUGAAUAUUUGUACUGUCCAACUUAACGGCAUAACUGUCUUUUUAUAUCACGUAGCACCAUGUUUCACUGCUCUUUUAUGCGCCUGCCAUUUGUAAAGUGACCACUGUGAUUGAUUUCAUCUUCAUGCAGGUCACAUACACUACAUCUGUAUGGAUACUCUCCAAAAUAUUGAUUUCUUGUAGGAUCUUUUAACUUUUUUUUUAACGUUCUUAUGAGGGAAAAUGUACAAAUUAAAAUGAUGUGUGAAGUGAU